AUGUUGCAGUCACUCUCGAUCCAGCCUCUGGUUCCCGUCAAGGGCGGCGAUCCAUGCAACCACUCGCGCCCCGAGCCCGCCGCCGACGUCCUCACCUCGCCGGAUAGCCACAAAGGCAUCAACGCUACCGUGCACGUGUACUUACGCUCGACCGCCGUUGACCAGUCUCAGCCUCCGCAGGAGCGCACCCCGGACUAUUCAUUCCGGUGCACGUUUGCGGAGUUGAAGAAGCUGCGCUCACAGAUUCAGUCAACCGUGGACCGCGGCGGCCACUGCGCGCACUGUAAGCGCGUGGCAACGUACAUGGCCUACUGUUGGGAACGGCCACGACUGCUUGCCCCGUCGUGGCAAGGCGGCAUGACCCUGCAGAUGGAGCCACUGAGCUCGUUCCUGAACCAGCUACUGUGCUUCGCCGCCCAACUCGGCUCUGAAGACCACCCGGAGUUCGCCGGUAUAAUGUCUCGCUUCAUGCAGCCGCGCGGUGAUGUAUAA